GGGACUGGGCGAAUAGUUGCGUAGCGGGUUGAUACACCGCCAUGUGGUCUGAUUGAUGUGUCAAAAAGCACAUAAUGAGCGCUCGAAUUGAAAUAUUGCAAACCGAAAACUGAACGACACUGAAACAGCUUGGCAAGUGGCCUUUUACAGUUUAAUUUAAUCUGAAGACUGUUGUUACAUUUUUUCACGCCUCGCUUUCCUGCCUUGUCUUUUGUCACAUGGAACAAAGCGCGAUGCGCACCUGCCAGAGAAGAUAGUAACGACCAGCAAACGGGGGGUUGGCCACUGUUUAAUAGAAGAGCCAGUUUUAAAUGAUUGGACCGAUUUGAUGUGAGUUACCAUCUGGAAUUCUUCCUCAAACUGGGAUCUAUGAGCGGGAAAGCAUUACUAAAGACGAAAGAAGAUAAGGAUGCAACAAAGGAGCCUCAGCUCAAGGGGAUAGUCACCAAGCUCUACAGUCGACAAGGUUUUCAUCUACAACUCCAAGCUGAUGGGACCAUCGAUGGUACAAAAGAGGAAGAUAAUAGCUAUGCUAUUUUCAACCUCAUCCCCGUUGGGCUGCGGGUGGUGGCUAUACAGGGUGUCCAGACCAAGCUCUACCUGGCCAUGAACAAUGAAGGCUACCUGUACACCUCUGAGCACUUCACGCCAGAGUGCAAAUUCAAAGAGUCAGUGUUUGAGAACUAUUACGUGACAUACUCAUCAAUGAUCUAUCGGCAGCAGCAGUCGGGCCGAGGCUGGUACCUGGGUCUCAACAAAGAGGGUCAAAUCAUGAAGGGCAACCAUGUAAAGAAGACCAAGCCGGCUGCACACUUCAUUCCCAAACCUCUCAAAGUUGCCAUGUACAGAGAGCCGUCGCUCCACGACCUGACUGAGUUCUCCCGCUCCGGAAGUGGCACUCCAACCAAGAGCCGCAGCGCCUCAGCCAUGCUCAACGGUGGCAAGACUCUGAGCCAGAAUGAGUCAACAUAACCGCAGGGCACAACUGUGGUCUGCUGCUGUACAGUUGUUGGACUCUACCAUCAACUAAACAGCACAAACGCGUUUACAAGAGUGCAGUGAAACCCUUAGCUGGUCCGCUAGCUAGUGUUUUCUGAAAUCACUGUGAUGAGAACACAAGUGCAAACCUACAUUGUACAAUCUUCUGCAGGACAACCUUGUGAGACAAACAAGCCAAGCCAUCUUUCUGAUUUAGGGGUCUGCGUCCAUUUGCGGGCGAUCCCCGUUUCCAUGUGUAGCAUACAGAGCUGUGGUUUUCUCCUGUGGCAUUUUCACAGAGUCUUCUAGAACACCUACUUUUGUGUUUUGCUCCAUUUCUUUCUAAGGGGUGCCAGCUCCAUAGUGCUAAGUCACCUACAAUAUGACAAUAGCAGCUUGUGCGACCCAUUUAUCGGUAUAUAGAGACAGAAAUCCCAAAGGUUUUUGGACAUAUGAUACAAGUAUUUCAGCUCAGCUUAUUUGAGGCAGCAGUUCAUUGUUGUGUGCUUUUUAGACGAGGCGUUUUGCUCCUCGCUUCUCUUUUUCUGUCUUUUCAGCCCCC